AUCACCAUGAUCAACACCUCUCUCCUGCCUAGGGAGACCACUGAGCCCAGGAGGAAGACCUGUGAGAGUGCGCAGUGCCAUUUCACCCCAUGGCUGAAGAUGGUUUGCCUAAAAUUUAUUCCCAUCCGCCAACAGAAAUCAGCAAAACACCAACUGAAGCAAACAUUUUCUUUGGGGCUGACAACACUAUUCCUAAAUCAGAAACAACUAUUACUUCAGAAGGAGACCAUGCUACUUCAGUAAAUGAGUAUAUGCUAGAAAGAGAUUUUUCAACAACUACAGGCAACAAACUCAUACCUACAAAGGAAAAACUCAAAUCAGAAGAUGGUACUGGAACCCAUUUUAUUAAGCUAACAACUCAUCUGGAGAGAGAAAUCACCACUCUGACUGGCACUACAAACUCCAUAGUGAACGACUCUACUACUGAAAAUCUCAUUCCAGUGAAAAUUGGCAAUAUUUCACCACCAGUUGCUACUGUUUCUUUAAUAGAUUUUUCCACUAACAUAGAUGAAGAAGAAAUCCUCUUGGCUACCAUUGACGCAGAGGAUGAAGAGAUCUCCAUACCUUCUGAUGUCUCUGGUACACUGAAGGACAGCACUGCCGCUGUGGCUGACACCUUUGCCUGUCCAACUAAAACAGGUAAAGCUGAUGUUAACAAUUAUAAUUCCUCCAUCAAAUCCAAUGUUCCUGUUGAUGAGGCUGCCCAGGUCACUGACUCAUUUGUCCCUGAGGCUGAAAUGUCUCCCUCCACU